CCCCCUUCCUCGGAAAUCUGCUCUUCCGCCACGAGAGCACUCGCCCCUCUUCACCUACCUCUGUUCCGCCAAUUUUGCCAACCGCAUCAUCUGCUUCUUCAUCUUCCUCUUUCAGCCACACAUUCUCCAGCUCUUUAUUGCUGUGGAUGAGACUGCACCAUCUCCACACAUCCAUCGAAGCUCAGUAUGAGUGCUACUGGUGACGAAGAUGGCCGCCGGCCAAAGAGGGUUCGCACCACCGAGCAGCUCCAACGAAAACGAGAGUCCGAUCGUGUCAAGCACAAAAUCAAUCGCGCUGAGAGUAAAACCCGCCUCGAACACAUUGAGCAGGAAGUCAUCACCACUCGCAAAAAUGUCGACGAACUAAUGGCUGUCCUCGAACUACUGCGAGCUAACCCCCUCGUCUCCGGCCUUCUUGGCCUCAAUAGUCCCAGUUCGUCCGCCGCCAACACCCCAGGCAGCACUGCAAACGCGAAAUCACCAGCAUCGGCGUUGUCCAAAGCUGGUCUGCCGGUGCGAGCAUCUACCCAGACACGCAGUGUUGUAAGGCCCACCAGCAGAGUAGACAAACCUUCGUCGACGACAAAGAAGCCUGCUCCAUCCAGUCGAAAUAAUAGAAAUACAAACCCCAAGGCCUGGCCUGUCCACCAACAUGAAAACGGCAUGUAUAGCAAGUGCUACUGUGGCAUUGAACAUCCAAAUGGCGAUAUGAAUCUUUGUAUUGAGAGUGUCAGCUUGGACUUUCUUUUCCGUGCGCAGCAGCGCCUCGCUGAGGAUCCAACCAGCGGAAUAAACCUGCGACUGAAUCUUACUCUUAAUGAAUACUUGAUGAUCCAAGGCGAUAACAUAGUGUCAGCACUCAUAGUCAAGGUCAUGAAGCAGUUUGAGUUUCCGUCACAGCCGUCAGCGUUUGGCUGGUUAUUCAUCUGCUACAGACUUGCUCGGUGGAGACUAAACCCAACAGCAGAAAACUUUCAAGGUGUCCCGGAAUGCGUCUACCCGACUAACCUACAAAACAGUGUCCCCCAUCCUAUGAGUCUUACGGCACUACCAUGGGCGCAGCUUCGCGAUUACAUUAUUCAAGACCAAAACAACGACUAUCGAAGAGAUAUCCAGAUGAUAAUCAGUUCGAGCACACUCAUGUGGCCAGACAAUAAGCCGCUAAUUUGCAGGGAUGUUGGGUCUGGCUAUAAAGUACACCCAGAUUUUGAGCAAUUUGCGAGCAAGGAGUGCAAUUGGCGGCUCGCGGGGCGUUUCAGAGAGUUAUUUCCGCAUCUUGAUUACAUAGCGCCAUGGCAUGGGCCAGAGUAACAUUAUCACAGUCUCAUUUACAAGUCCGAUAUUUGUUGCUUGGGAAUAGCACCAUAUCUACAAUAUAUUACACAAUCCAACUAGCAAAGAAUAUUCAAG